UUGCAUGUUAUCAAUCGCAAACUAAUCCUUCUUAUCACUCAGGUGCAGAAAUGGCGGACAAACUUCCCACCACUCCUCGUCUCAUUAAGAGUCAUCUACCAGUCCAGUUUAUGCCCAAGUCGUUCUGGGAGCAGGGCAGCAGGAUAGUAUAUGUGGCCCGCAAUCCAAAGGACAAUGCAGUGUCCUUUUACCACUUUAAUCGGAUGAACAAUGCUCAGCCAGAAGCAGGAGAAUGGAGCACCUUUCUGCAGGAUUUCAUGGAAGGAAAGAGGGUUUUCGGAUCAUGGUAUGACCAUGUGAACAGCUGGUGGGAGAAGAAACAAAGUUAUUCAAAUCUUCACUACAUGUUCUAUGAAGAUUUGAUUGAGGUGCGGUGA